AAAGGAACACUGUGCUGUGGUAAUAGUUGCUCAACAAACAGAAGACAGGGACAAUCGCCAUGCAGAACUUUGACGACCUUGACAUCGAGGGCCGCAACUCCUCCCACAACUCUGAAGAACAACGAGAUAAGGAAGAGAAUGAUAGGAAGAGAUUGAUGAGAACCAGCGUGACAGCUGAAGAUGGCAAUCUUAGACCAGUAUACUCAGAGACAGAAGAUGGUGAUGUUUGGUGCCAUAUUUGCAACAUUGCUCUGUUUGGAGCUCAUAAGCUUCUCAGUCAUAACAUUUGUAAUCGGCACAAAAUAAAGCUUGAAGAGUGGCCUUAUCCAGUGCUACUGUGGUCCAAGUGUGCAGAUAUAGUGAAAAAGAUAAAGCCCAGCUUAGAAGACGUUGCUCCCGGAGAGCCAAUUCCUCCGGGUAUGGAGGAUCAAAUAUCGAGGACAACGACCAUUCAAAAGAGUCUGGAUCGACACAGGAGCUCGCCUCUCGUUGGGCUCGAGUAUCUUCUGGAAUUGAUGGAUCCAGACAGUUCUGAACCCAGUUACACGUGCACAUUGUGUGACAAGCGGGGCGAUCCUCGCACGGUAAUGGCUCACAUUACCAGUUACAAUCACCGUAUGACGUACUUGAACCGUCACUUUCCCACGAUAUCAAGGGCGAUAUCGAAUCUUCCUCAUACCGUUAAUUUUAAGCGAGGAGCUAACGAAAUUUCAGUGUUAGUUGCCAAAAAAAUUGAACAACACUUCGGCAGAUUGCAGCCGCAAUUGGUGGACAAGGCGAGCUUCGACAAAAACAAAGUGCAAAUUAUCAAGAGGAUAUUUCAAGAUUAUCAUUUUAAAGAAACUCAAGACAUUACUUUUAUGGAAGUUUAUGAUGUUCGUUGGACAACGAACUUUGAAGAAAAAAUGGCAGAGAUGACCGUUAAAGAACAAGAAGAAAAAGAUGAAAUUUUAAAAAAGGAUGCAGUUAAGGAAACGGAAAAAAUUAAAGAAUCAGUGAAAACAAUUGAUCCAAAAUCAACAGAUAAACAAUCUGGCUUCAAGAUCCGCAUCAUGACCAAGGACAAGAUCAACGCCAAGGCUGAGAAGAACCAGUCGGGAAAAGGCCCCGACAAGCCAGGGAACGACCUGGAGGACGUAAAGUCCCUGUCCUCCUUGUCGAGCAUAUCGAGCAGUCCGUCCCCCAAACGUUCCGGUUCCCGUUCGCCCGACCGAAACGCCCGCAACGCCAGCCGACCCACUGAGCACGUCAGCAAGACCGUGGCCCCGGCCCCGACGAAAACCACUUCGGAAACGGCAGCCUACCGUCCUCGGGGCCGCUCGCGAUCCGUCGAGCGCGACAAAUGGUUCAAGUACCGGGACCAAGUGAAACGCGCCGAGGAGUCCCUGGAGCGCCAGCUCAAGUUCCACGAGAAGAACCCGGAGAAGCACCCGGCUUACCCGGACGAGUGGAAAAAGUUCUGGAACAGGCGGUACAAGGAGCUACAGGCCGAGGGCAAGGACCCCAGCAAGCACGACUUCAAGCCCGAGUGGAUCGAGUUCUGGAACAAGCGUAUGCGCGAGCUGCACGCCGAUCAGCUCAAGGCGCGCAAGGAGGACAUCAAGCGGAAGCUCGAGGUCGUAGGUGAGGAGCCGCCCCUCCCUCCGUUCACCUCCUCUUCUUCGCGCGCGGGCCAGACAUCGUCGCGCAACAAACGCUCGCCCAAUGGCAUCUCCAGGAAGACCGACGGCGACGCCGAAGUCGAGUACGUCGCCACGCUUAAGAAGCCCAGUGGUGCCAGCGACCGGUACCACGAGUCGCGCUAUAGCUCGCGCAACUACGACCGCGAGCGAGAGCGCGACAGAGACCGCGACAAAGAGCGGGACAGAGAACGGGACAAGGAGCGCGACCGCGAGAGGGACAGGGAACGCGACCGAGAGAGAGACAGGGAACGCGACCGCGAAAGGGACCGUGACCGGGGCCGCGAGAGGGAGAGGGAGCGCGAGCGGGAAAGGGAGCGCGAGCGAGAGAGGGAGAGAGAUCGAGAAAGGGAUCGUGAGUACCUGGGAUACGUGCCACGAGGUUCCCGGACCGGCUACAAGUCCUCGUACUACCCGGUUCCGCCGCCGCCUCCCACGUCCUCGGCGUCGCGGGGUAGCCGGAUGAGAUACCACGCGUCGCCUUAUCCGAUGGCCGAGCGUGCCAAGUCUCCGAGCCCAGUGAAAGAGGACAUGAACGAGGACCUGGAGAUAAUUGGCCUGCUGAGGCUGCUCACGGCUCUCGAGUCCCAGCUUGGCUCACUGGGCCCGAAGAUCGUGGCGCUGCUGUCCAAGGCUUUGGCCGCCGAAAAGCUCAAGCCCAACUCGGCCGAGGAGCUGUUCUACGACGAGGAGGUGAGCGUGCUUUUCGAGACGGUCAAGGAGAAACUGAAGGGUCAGCUGUUUGCAGGAAUGAUCGAGAAAGUAGCCAUACCUCCGACCAAGAACGCCAUACAGAACAUAGCGCGGUUACUUCACAAUGCAACCGAGACGAAAAAGAAAAUGGAAGAGGAGAAGAAGAGGCAAAAGGAGCUGCUGGAAAAGUCGAGGUCGAUGAGGUUCAUGUCGCGACCCCUGUUCACUCGUGCGCUAAACAUUGAGCCCAUGGUGAAGUCCGAGCCAGUGAGCGUCCCGGGAAUCGGGACCGUCGACAAAGUAGCCAUCGCUCAGAACAUUGCGGCCGCACUCGUGGCUCAGGGAAGAACGAAUGUGUCGCAAGAGGAGCUGGAGACGCUCAUCAAUGCCGUGGUUGGCAUGGCCGAGGCUUCGAAAAACAGCGACAAACCGGUCACCACGGCUGACUUUGUCAAAGGCCUCACGGCUAACGCCAACAAUACCAAUAGCGUCGUCAAUAGCAACAGCACCCCCGUGAGCAGUGGCACCUUUGUCGGUAGCAACAGCAACAACUCCAGCAAUGACAACUCCUUGGGCAUCAACGACAACUUCCGUGCCAAGACACCUGAGCCUGAAAAGAUCGACAAACUUGACAAGUUUGAAAAAAUCGAAAAGUUCGAGAAGUUUGACAACUUUGAGAAGUUCGACAAGUUUGACAAGUACGACAAGUUUGAAAAGUUCGACAAACCAGUAGAUCACGCGGUCAAGAUGGAGAGCCUCUCGGACAACGAUCUGAAGGCCCUACUGCAAAACUUCAAGGAACUUAGCACGGAUGAGCAGCACGGGCUGAUUAACUUCCUGAAAAAGCUCGAGGCGACCGAUGCCGCGCGAGUCGAGAAGCUACGGGCCUACGUGAACCUCGGCCCGGCGCCCAGUGCCUCGCCAGGGCUUCGUCCCAUAUCGCCGGAGGAUCGCGAAGAGCCACCGUCUCGGCUCUCGCGGCGCAGUGCUUCGCCGUUCUCGAUGCGCAAGGGCACCCACAAUCCCUGCGACGACGAGGAAAAGUGGAAGCCGAAGCUUGACAUGUUCGCCGACGAGGAGGAGGAGGAAAAGCGCAAGAAGGCCGACGAAAAGGCCAAGAUAACGAAACUCGAACUGUCGGACGACGACGACGACUACACGUUCGAGGAUAUCUACAAAGCUGCUGAUAAGAACGUCAAUGAGCACGAGAGGGCGAAUAAGAGGUCGUUUGGCCGCUCCAAAUCCAAGUCGCCGCCCAUAUGGUCGAGCACGCGCUCGCGCUCCGCCUCACCGCCUUUCAAGAAGCUAGAGUACUCUAAAUCCAACGACCCGAACGUCAUACUCAACGACGCGAAGCAACUCAUCGCCAACAUAAUGGGCGGCCUGCCGGGUAGAAUCGUACCCCAGACUCAUAUCUCUCCACUACCGGAAAGCACGCAGCUGGGCGUGACGAGUGCCACGAGCAUCCCCCCAAGCAGCUACGGGCAGAGCUACGGUCUGAAUCCGCCCCAGCCGAGCAGUGCCCAGUUGCCCUACACCAGUACCCAGUACCAGAGUUACCAGCCGCAGCAGCAGCAAUCCUUUGCCAGUAGCUCCUCUGGCUUCCUCAAAAAUGGCUACAACUUUAGCCAGGGCUUUGGCGGUCAGAGCCAGUACGCUGGCAUAUCGUCGAAUCCGUAUCCACCGUCUCAGCCCAGUUAUACGGGAUCGACGUCGUUCGGGGUUCCGGCGACGGGAGUUCGCGCUCCGACCUCGUACCCCCAACAGACGUCGAUAUCACAGUACGGCGGCUACCAGCAGCAGCCACAACAGCAACAACAGCAACAGCAGCAGCGUUUUUACUAGUGAUGAGAGUAGUAUUCAAGUAAAUACGUGUAUAUUUAGUGAAUAUGUGUUUUCUCGAGUACAAAUUGCAGGUUCCUGGGCUAAGGGACGCAAGUGCGUGAGUCAGACUUGUACGUUCUUUUCUCUCUCAGGGAUCGUCAUUUGUUUCCAGCGAUUAUUUUUUACGAAAGCCGGUAGCGGCGCUUUAUGGAACUCGUAUGGGAACGCUCGAUCAAGGUUGUUUAUCGAAUUUGUUUGAAUCUUCGUGUACAUAAAACUUAAUUGUGUAGCUUUUCAUGCAUACAUUGUAUAGAUUUUGCGCUAAAGCUGAAUCUUUGAACAAGGCUCUUGUGACAUAUAAUUUUUUUGUACAAUAAAAUGAUUGUGGUGACCGUUUUUUAAGUUUCA